AUGACUACAGCUUCUGAAUAUGCAACUUUUCUUUACCGUCUGUUCAGGUUUCACUUUAUUUUAAUUCUCUGGAUCUCAACAAUGCACAUGUGUUGGUGUUACCCCAUUGUCCCUUCUUCGCUGUAUGGGAAAUCUGAUUACUGUCUCAUCCUGCUGAAUAGCUGCUUAGCCAAGGUGGACAGGAGUGAAGAUUUGGCUUUUCUAAAGCCUUACCUGGAGAUGUCUUUCAAUAAAAGGUCCUUUCGCAAUGGGGUUGGAUCAGGAAUUAAAAAAACUUCCUUUCGAAGAGCAAAGUCAUAAAUAAGUGCUCAAGAAAAUACUCCCAAUUUUAGCAUCUAAUGUUUAACUUUGCACUUAAAAAUCAUUUGCUGUGCAUUUCUAUGAUAAAACCAACAGAGACAAAUGUAUCGGUGUGUUCAUAAUGUAAACAGAUGUUUAUUUCAAAUAGUGCAGGCCAAGUGAAGUGGAUGUAAUUGUUCAGAACAGGCACUGUUUCCAAACUUACGGUAUCAUAAAAUUUUGUAUUGAUAUAAAUGUGUUUUCAGUUAGUUAAUUCCCCCUGCUUGUAAAACCACAGAUUUAAUCAGAUUGCUCUUGAUUAAAACAGAAAUAGUCCUGUGCUUUGAAUAUGUGUCGACCUGAAACUGAUCUUUAGGAUGGCAGCAUUAUAUCCUACAUAUGCUCUUUUCUGGUAUAAAAGGUAUGCUUUUGGCAAUGUAGGACAUAGCUGUACUUUACUGGCCUGAUUCAUUCACAUGAAGGCUGCUUAACAUCUUUCUGGCAGUACAAAGAGGGACAUAAAAAGGAUGUAAAUGCAAUGUAGUAUCACUUUAUAUUGCUAGAAAGGAGUAAAAGGGCCUUUCAUGAAAUCGAGAAUCUGGCCUUGCAUGUGAACUCAAAUUUGUUUUUAAUAUAGUUAUUUAAAAUGACUUAACCAGGAAGUCUUCUCUUGAGAUAUGUCAUCUCAUUUUCAGGAGUGUCCAGGGAAAUCAUUCAAAGCCAGUGUAGCGAUACAGUUCCCUUUGCCUCAAUUAAUCAAUUUAUGUAAGCAACACACAUCUGAUGAAAUAUGCCAAAUGCAGCUCUUGCCUGUCUACUACAGUUAUGGUUGUGUUGCAAUGAACAAUGGUCCUUCUCUCCUCUUAAUUCUUCUG